UACUGGCUCUUUAUAGCAAAGGAACAAACCAUCUUACAAAUUCGUGCCCUCUUGGUUCGCUCCUCGGGUUGUGUGAAGCUGUCAAAGGCCGGACUGUGAUCGGGGAGAGGGAUGGUCAACAUGGCGUCGGAGCAGGAAAUCUCAAAUGCACCAGUGAAGAAGUCCAUGAGGGAGAAAGCUAUUGAGCGUAGGACAAUAAAUAAAGAGCACAACAGUAAUUUUAAGGCUGGAUAUGUUCCUAUUGAGGAGGAGAGGCUCCACAAGACAGGAUUGAGGGGUCGCAAGGGCAUUAUUGCUAUUGGCAUAAUCAUCCUACUUUUUCUGCUUGCUCUUAUCAACCUCAUUAUAACGCUGGUGAUAUGGACAGUGAUACGGAUAGGUCCUGGAGGUUGUGAAAGUAUGGAGUUUCAUGAGAGUGGGCUGCUACGCUUCAAACAGAAGACUGACAUGGGAGUAGUCCACCCACUGCACAAGAGCACGGUGGGCGGCAGGAAGGCUCAGGACCUUAUCAUCACAGGCAACAGUAAUCCAGUGGUGUUCCAGCAGGGCAACACAAAGCUGAGCGUUGCGGAAGAUAAGACCUCUAUUGUUAGUGACUUGGGCAUCUCAUUCACUGACCCCCGCACUCAGACCACUUUCUUCAGCACAGAUUUUGACAAUCAUGAGUUCCACCUGCCCAAAGAUGUCAAAGUUCUCAACGUGAAGAAAGCUUCUACUGAGAGGAUCACCAGCAAUGCAUCCUCUGACCUCACUAUCAAAGGAGAUGGUAAAGCCAUUAUUCGUGGCAAUGAGGGAGUGUACAUCAUGGGCAAAACUGUAGAGUUCAGCAUGGGUGGGGACAUUGAGCUGAAAGCCGAAAACAGCAUAAUUCUGAAUGGCUCAGUGAUGUUCAGUCCGUCGCAUAUACCAAACUCCUCUCUUGGGGUAGAUCUGUACUUCAAUGAAGGUCUGGAGAGGUAUAAACUUUGCAUGUGUGCAGAUGGGACCCUGUUCAGAGUGCAGGUCAAAUACUCCAACAUGGGCUGCCAAACCUCCGACAACCCUUGUGGAGCAGCACACCUAUAGAAGAGACAGGAAUACCACAGAAAGAUACAUACCCAUGCUAGAGUGAACUGCCAAAAGCUACAAAGAAGGUAAUUUUUUGGUAUAUGCAUUUACACCUACCAUUAUCCUCAGAGAAAAACUGGACAAAAGUUAUAAAAUUAGUGUGAACUAGAAAUAUAUGCCUAAAUCGUAAAUCGCCUCACACUACCACAUACCAAGACAGUUUCUACUAUACACCCACUUACUUUAUUGGAGGUCCCAGAAACACACACAGGCACACCUCUUCAAUGAUAAUCACUCCGUUAUAACCAUAAAACCGGCCCAGCACAAACAGUCCAGUUUUCUUUUAUGUAAUAGCUUGGCCGAGCGUUCCCUUUGCAUUAUCAUUGGCUCAUUUCAGUGUUUUACAGCCUUGGAGCUUCCAACUUUCACCCUUCACUGUAUGUGCUUUUAUAUAUUGUAUCACAGCAGAGUAAUUUAGGAAUUUAGGUAACCAGUAUUUUUCUGAGCAGUAUUUCUACACACUUGUUUGAACCCUUCCUGUCAUUAAUAACCAUCAAAUGAGCAGAUAGGAAUGUUGUUUGAUUGGUGUAGAGGUUUGAACAGUUUGCCGCUUGUGUCGAUGCUAUUGUCCUGCACCGUAUUGGAAUAUUCAAACCUGUCCUGUUUGAAUUUCUUUUCUUUUUUUGUAAAUGUAGUUGCAUAUACAGUGCUCUGUAUGUGGGCAGCUUAGAAUUAUCUAGGUCCUGUCGGAAUCUGUGCGACAGGACCUAGAUUUUACAUUGGGCAUAAAGUGGCAACCCUACAAAGUAUCAAAAUUUUUUAUUGAACAAAAGUAAAAAAAAUAAAUAAAAAAAACGUCUUCCUUCUAUUCAACCUUGAAUUUACAUUUUGAAAAAAAAAAUAAAUAAAUAUUCAUAUAUUUAUAUAUUAAUGUAUUUCUAAAGUAUAGCCAUAAGACAUAAAUGUUACACAUGUUAACAUGAUUUUAGUGUGAUAAAAUGGCUUAUUGACCUUAUCUGUGUAAAGGUAUGUACAAAAUUACAACUGCAUUGCCAUGACGAUGUAACAACUGUAAAGACUGUAAUACAUUUUUAUCACACUUGAAUCAAGUAGAACAUGUUAACAUUUAUAAUGUUUACGUUUUGUGGCGAUAUUUUUGAAACUGUGUAUUUUAACAAACAUUACUUGACCAUUCACUGUAAGUGCCUUACUGUGAUUUAUUUUAAUUUUUUUAAUAAUCAAGGAAUGGGUUGUUUUUUAUUUUUAUUUUUUCCUGUGGUAAUCAACAUUAGGCUACAAAUGCUGUAGAUUGAGCAUUAUUUGUACUGAACACAGAACAUUCCCUUGAUCUAACCCUUAAAAUUACUUAAAAUAAUAUUUUUCACUUAAAUAUAGCCAGUUCAUUCUUUUUAGGUUAAGGCUUUUUUUUCCCCAGUUAACAUUAUCACUUUAAAGUUAACAAAAACAAAAUGUCUUUAAAAUUCAGCCCUAUAUAAAUAAAAUAAUAUAUAUAUAUAUAUAUUAAUGUGACACUGUACUUUAGGGUGAAUAGGACAACUGCCUUUUUAGAAAGUAUUACAUUGUGCUUAUAGUGAAUUUUGUUUUGCAACCCACCUGUCUAGGUAUUGUGGUUUUCAGAGACUUUUGGAGGGGAUUAUAAAUGGGCUAAAUUAUGAAAUGGCUCAUUUGUCAUUAAGAGUUUUUUUCAGUGUUGUGUAUGUGUAUAUGUAACUUCAUGAAACAGUAGAUAGUUAUACAUUACUUUUGGCACAUCAUUUCAUGGCUUGUAUUAUAGUGCCAAGUUACUGUUACCUUAUCAGAGUGCCAUGGAUUAAUGAGAAAUUAUUAUCGUUAUUGUCUAAUAACAUGUUCAGAGGUGUAUAACGAGCAUAUCUUGUAAUAGGAUAAAAACAGGAAAUAUAGAUGAGAUAUGUUUAUAUUAGUGUGAUAUUGUGUAACCUUUACUUGUCCUGAUUCAUCUGGGUACAUAUGUGGUAUUUCUUUUUUGUCUGUUCAAUUAUUUAUUUAUUAAAAACAUUUUCAGAACAGAGUAUUGUUGUGGUGUUCCAACUUAAUCAUAAAAAAAAAUCACCUGUGCUUUAGAGACAAUUGUGGCUUUCUUUUAAACUCUGCAAUGGAGAAGUCUUGUGUGGAACUGUUCUGAAUGCAUCUGAUCUCUAAUAUGUUCAAAUGGUUUAAACUCUUUCAGAAAGCCCCUGUAUUGUCAGAAGUGUUUGUCACAACUCUUGUUUUGAAUGAGAGAAAAAUAAGGAUUUCAUAUUGCAAUUGUUAAUAAAGAGAAAUGCAGAUUUUGUUUGAAAAUGUAUGUGUAUUGUGAUUGCUUUGACUGUCGGAUUUUUUAAUAUAACAAAUAUUAAGCAUUGUUUUGCCACAGCUCAGUGGCCAUGUGAUAUAAUUUGCAAUGAUAUUAAUUUGCUUGUCAAUUAUUGAGUGAAUUAAAUUAUUAGUUGUCAACUGAAAUAAUUUCAAGAGCAAGGCAUAUUAAUGUAAUUCUUUAUUCUUCUCAUUUAGUCAACAAUACAAUUAACUCCAA